CUCUCUCUCUCUCUCUCUCUCUUAACCAAAGUUCUCUUCAUCUUCCAGUUGAUCUUAUAUAUACCAGAAAAUACUAAGUUCCUAGCUAUACGGUACUAAUUGUAUCUUGUCAAACAUGCCAAUGUAUCCUCCAACGGUAAACGAAACAAAGAAUGAACCCAAAACCCUGGUUUUUGAUGGAUCGAUUCUUCAACACGAGUCCAACAUACCGUCACAAUUCAUAUGGCCCGACCAUGAACAACCAAAGGCUGAGUUGCCGGAGCUUCAAGUUCCCCCUAUUGACUUGAAGGGCAUCUUCUCUGGAGACCCACUUGCAGUCUCCACUGCUUGUCGGCUAGUUAAUGAAGCAUGCAAGAAGCACGGCUUCUUUCUAGUUACAAAUCAUGGCGUCGAUUCAAGACUUAUAGCCAAAGCACACGAAUACAUGGACGACUUUUUUGGCAUGCAGCUCUCGGAAAAGCAACGGGCUCAGAGAAAGAUUGGUGAUCACUGUGGAUAUGCUAGUAGCUUCACUGGCAGGUUCUCCUCCAAGCUUCCAUGGAAGGAGACACUUUCUUUCCGAUAUUGUGCCAGUCUGCACUCUCCAAAAGUUGUCGAGGAUUAUGUCGUGAAUGUGAUGGGAGAAGAUUUUAGACCAUUCGGGAGUGUGUACCAAGAAUAUUGUGGAGCCAUGAGCACUCUCUCGCUAUUUAUCAUGGAGCUUCUGGGAAUGAGCCUAGGAGUUGGCCCGAAGUACUUCAGAGACUUCUUCGAGGAAAACGAUUCAAUAAUGAGAUUGAACUACUACCCCCCGUGCCAAAAACCGGAUCAAACUCUAGGAACGGGGCCACAUUGCGAUCCCACAUCCUUAACAAUCCUUCACCAAGAUCAAGUUGGUGGCCUUCAAGUGUAUGUAGAUGAAAAAUGGCACUCUAUUAGUCCCAACCAGGAUGCUUUGGUUGUCAAUAUCGGUGAUACAUUUAUGGCUCUAUCGAAUGGGAUUUACAAGAGUUGCUUGCAUAGAGCAGUGGUGAAUAACCGAGCCUUGAGGAAAUCAUUGGCGUUCUUUUUAUGCCCAAGUAGAGACAAGGUGAUCACUCCACCAAGAAGUUUGAUUAACGCUGAGAAUCCAAGGACAUACCCAGAUUUCACAUGGCCGACUUUGCUCGAAUUCACGCAGAAACAUUACCGGGCAGACAUGAAAACCCUUGAUGCCUUCUCGAACUGGCAUCAACCGAAUCACAAGGUUAUCCAAGAAAACAAAAACAAUGAUUUUGAACUGUCCGUCACCCGUUAGCUAGGUUGGCAUGAAGUCGCGGAGAGAGAGUGAGAUGAUAUUUCAGGAAAGGGAAUUGGUGCUCAAUUGGUGGUUCUGUGAGGAAAAAGGUGACAGAAACACCAAAAGGGAGGC